GUACUGAAGUUUGAGGUGUAUUUACUCCCAACUCUCUAUCACAUAGUAGAAAAUUAAAUCUUCCAGAACAAGAAUAUCUAUGAAGGAUAGAGUAGAUAAGAGUGGCGAGUGAGAGAGAAUAUUGAGGUGUGGUGUCAUGAUGGCUUCUUCACUCACAUCCAAACAAAAUUUUCAGUGCCAAUUCCCAUCUCUUUCUCUUCAUCAACCAAACACACAGUUAUAUUUGAGAUCAUGCAUUCCAAAAUUUCCUCCAUCAGUUGGAGGUUUUUCUCAUUUGAGCCUUAAACUCGAGCAUAGGAUUUCAAGAGCCUCUUCUGAAGAUUUACCCCCAGAAUUGACUGAUGAGGAUUCCAAGUUUGUCCCUUUAGCUUCAGAGGAUUCAAAUUAUGGCCCCCCUGCUUUGUUGUUGCUAGGUUUUGAAGUUGAAGAAGCAGCAAAGAUACAACAAUUUCUGAAGGAGCUGGAUGGCGAAUUUCUCGAGGUGAUUUUCUGCACUGAAGACAUGAUUAGUCAUUCGCUCUGGGAAGCAGUGAACACCAAACAAUCGAAUCUGGAAACAUUGAAGAUUGCAACAUCAGUUCCGCGAAUUUGCUUCCUAUCUGGUCUUACAGGGGAGGAGAUGAUGAUGUUCAUAGAUGCCUUCCCCGAAAGUGGUUUGGAACCUCCUGUGUUUGCAGCCCUCGUCCCAUAUAGCGCCAACAAACCUUUAGCAGAGUUAAUAGAUGAGAUCAUGGGAGACCAUGAAUUGCUAGUAAGUUUGUUAACUUUACUUUUCAACUAUAAUAUCAUCAAUUGUUUUAAUAUCUAAGAAUCAUUUAAGAAUCCUUUGCUUGUAGAAUUCUUCAAAAUUAUGAUUAGAUUUUUCUGGUUUUGAAAUGAAAAGUAGAUGUAACAUUGGGGCAUAGUGGCUAGUAUGUUUUAGUUUGUUUGUUCAUAGUUGGUGCUUUCAAGUGAACGGUUUCAUGCAGUCUGCACGGCAAACAAGCUAGACAGCGGGCGCAACGGGCAACGGGCACAACUGGUGGAAGUUUGAGAUGAGAGUAGGUGCAGUUUUUUUUCUUGUGUUUGAUAACAUUAUUCUAUUAUGAUUUGUACACUGGCAUUGCUAGUGCAAAAAAAAAUUUCUUCCGAUUGAAAUAUUGACGUGAAACCGAAAUCACACUUCCGAUUAUACAAAUUACAUGUUGAUUACCAAA